AGUCGCCCUGCCGGCCGAGCGGCCGGGUCCGCGCGCGUUGGCCAUCCCCACUGCGGUGCCAUCCUGUGUUGGUUGGCCGGCUUGAAGGGCACCCCGAGUUGGCUGAGCGCCGCGGGGCGAUUUUGUCCCUUGGCCGCGGUUGUCUUUGGGAUUUCAUCUGUUCUCCCGAUCCUUGUUUUUGCGUUCGCCCCGACGGUGGCUUUGUAAAUUAUACCGGAAGGCCCAGGCCGAACUUGUUCUUAACGAGCCGUGAGUGUUCCGGGCCCUCUAAGUGUGCUCUUUGGCAGAAUAUUAUACCCGCUGGCUUGAGCAUUCGCACUUCCAUGGCUAGCGCUUUGCUCGUUUUUUUCCCCGACACCGAGCGGGUAAAUUAUCGGCCUCCAAAGCCGUCUUGUGCUGUGAGGGUGUCGAUGACGGAGUGUGAGAGUUACUGGUGA